AGCUCCAAAAAUCCUACGAGCGCCUCCUAUCUGUUUUUAUCCGAACUGCAGCCCAUCCUCCCAGGUAUGGAGCAUGCUCAGUCCACGCCCAAUUUGGAGUUGUCGAAUUUCAAGAUGGCGUGAUGUUGGUGUCCUUCCGUGGUGCCACUUCCUGUACAACUCCCAUGUUGGCUCGCCAAGGGUCGCCUGCGACUGCCGAUUGCGUUUCUUCUCCAGUUGAGAGGCUGAAUUCCUUCCUGUAGGCUUUUGUGCGUCCCUACGUUUUGUGGAGUCAUCAAAAUCGCCAGCUGGGUCAGAGUGCACUCAACCAGAGCACAGCGCCCCGCCGCUACUUGGAUAUUCGCGAAACAACGCUGCCCAUCGACUGGUCCAAAACCCUCCCCAAAAAUCUUACGGAUUUCUCCAGCAGAGUGGAUUAAACGUGCAGGAAGAAGAGUCGAUCGUUUGUUUGUUUUUCUGAGAGGCGGGCAAAACCACCACCCCUCCCCAAGAUGGCCGACGACGAAGUUUUGUUCGAAGACGUGUACGAACUGUGUGAAAUCAUCGGAAGGGGACCGUUCAGCGUUGUGCGGCGAUGCAUCCACCGAGAGAGCGGACAGCAGUUUGCUGUGAAAAUUGUGGAUGUGGCAAAGUUUACCUCCAGUCCAGGCCUCAGCACAGAAGACUUGAAGAGGGAAGCCAGCAUCUGCCACAUGCUGAAACACCCCCACAUCGUGGAGCUAUUGGAGACAUACAGCUCAGAUGGCAUGCUCUACAUGGUGUUCGAGUUCCACACUGUGUACUCCUAGCUACCAAAGAGAACUCUGCACCAUUAAAAAUAGGAGGAUUCGGAGUCGCCACAAACGUCCCAGAUAACGCAUUUGUUUCUGGAGGUCGUGUUGGAACUCCACACUUCAUGGCGCCGGAGAUCGUGCGGAGAGACCCGUACGGGAAGCCCGUGGACGUGUGGAGCGUGGGCGUGAUGCUGUACAUUCUGCUGAGCGGCAACCUGCCCUUCAACGGCACCAAGGACAGGCUCUUUGAUGCCAUUGUCAAGGGCAGAUAUCAUAUGAACCCCCGACAGUGGGACCAUGUGUCAGAGCAGGCCAAGGACCUGGUUGCCAGGAUGUUGGAGCUGGACCAGAACGAGAGGAUCACCGUGCAUGAGACUCUGCAGCAUCCCUGGAUCAAGGACCGUGAGAGGUAUGCCCCCAAGAUCCACCUGCACGAGACCGUGGCUAGCAUGACCAAGUUUAACGCCAGGAGAAAGCUCAAGAGACAGCAGCAGGGCGCAGUAAUGUCAGCCGUGGCCAGUCACAAGUGGACAUCCUUCUAUAGUGAUCCAAAUGUCGCCGACUACUUUGAAGAGGAUCCAACGUCUUCAGUCUGCUCAAGUGCGGUUGCCCAGGUGCUGGACAGCCUUGAGGAGAUCCACGCGCUCACUGAUGGGAACGAGAAGGACAUGGAGUUUCUGCACAGCGUCUUCCAGGACACCAACCUGCACGCGCUGCUCGAGCUGUAUGACAAGAUCAACAGCAAAGCUUCCCAGACAGUGAAGAACCCUCCUUCCAACGCACUCCAGCGGGCCAGAGAGGUGUUAGAUUCCCUGAAGGACUGUGCCAACGACAAUGAGGAUGCGAGAGAACUGGAGUCCAUUCUUAUCAAACCUCACUUCAUGGCUAUGCUCCAGAGUCAUGACGUGGUGGCUCACGAAGUCUACAGCGACGAGGCCAUACGCGUGACACCGCCUCCCACGUCGUCCUACCUGAACGGCGACGACGACCCCGAGAGUCCGAACGGCGACCUCGACAUGGACAACGUGACUCGCGUCCGGCUGGUCCAGUUCCAGAAGAACACAGAGGAGCCCAUGUACGAUAUGGAGAACGUCACGCGCGUCCGACUCAUACAGUUCCAGAAAAACACAGAUGAACCAAUGGGCAUCACGCUGAAGAUGAACGAGGAAGGUCGGUGUGUGGUGGCCAGGAUCCUGCAUGGGGGCAUGAUACACAGACAAGCAACCCUGCAUGUUGGAGAUGAGAUUAGAGAAAUCAACGGUGUGAGCGUCGCCAAUCAGACCAUAGAAGCUCUACAGAAAAUGCUGAGGGACGCGCGGGGUAGCGUCACGUUAAAGAUUGUUCCUAGCUAUAGGCCGCCGCCUCCAAACAUUGAGAAGGAUGCCCGUGGUAGCGUCACGUUCAAGAUUGUGCCUAGCUAUAGGUCUACUUCUCCAGUGUGUGAGAUCUACGUCCGCGCACAGUUCGAGUACGACCCCCUGGAGGACGAGAUCAUCCCGUGUCGGCAGGCCGGGAUCAUGUUCAAGGUCGGCGACAUCCUACAGAUCAUCAGCAAGGACGACCACAACUGGUGGCAGGCGCGGAAAGUCGACACCCCGAUAAACGGCGAGGCCGGGCUUGUCCCCUCACCGGAGCUGCAGGAAUGGAGGGUGGCUUGUCUGGCCAUGGAGAAAGCUAAGAAGGAGUCGCAGGCCUCGUGCACGUGGUUCGGCAAGGUCAGGAAGAAACAGUACAAGGACAAGUACCUGGCCAAACACAACGCUGUUGACAAAUCUGAGCUCGCUAAGUUUUUUGACCAACUAGACCUGGUGACCUAUGAAGAAGUGGUUCGGCUGCCUGCUUUCAUGCGCAAGACUCUUGUGCUCCUAGGUGCUCACGGUGUGGGCAGGAGGCACAUAAAGAACACCCUGAUCACAACCCACCCCGACAAGUUUGCUUACCCCAUUCCACACACCACAAGACAAAGACCCUCUUUUGCCUCCACAGACACGACUCGGACCCCCCGCAAAGAGGAGGAGGAUGGCAAGAACUACUACUUUGUGUCACAUGAUCAGAUGAUGGCGGACAUCGCUAAUAACGAGUACCUGGAGUACGGUACUCACGAGGACGCCAUGUACGGUACCAAACUGGACACGAUCAGGAAAAUUCACGAAGAGGGUCUCAUCGCCAUCUUGGAUGUGGAGCCACAG